UCAGCAGGAGUGUCGGACGCGCGGCUUCGCAGUCGACGACUUUAGUAUUCUUCGUUUAUUUUCUUUUCUAUUCGUUUAAUUUCUUGCUCGGACCUCACCGCGCUAUAAACAUGAAAUGUGUCGUCGUCGGUGAGUGAGUUCGUGUGUUCAAGUGGUCGCAACAAAAUUAUUUUGACAGUGUCACGUGGGGAAUCAAAUUAUUGCCGGUUCCGGAGUUUUCAAGUGUUUAUAAUACGUACACGGCCUUCAUACGCCGCAAGUAUAGCCGGCGGAUCAUCAGAAAAGUGCGAUAGUGUCGUUUUUCUGAAAAUAAAGUGGUAGUUAUAAGGAAUUCUCGUGGGAACAAACAACAGUGUUCGUCGGUUGUCACGGUGCUAUAUGAAAAAGUUCGCACGAACCUAGUCCAAUAGGAUUCUGCUCGGAAACUUGUGAGCGGAGUGCGUGCCGGUAGAGUUUGUGCUUACAACUUGCGACAUAACCUUUUCGAAAGAAGCGCGUGUUGCACGGGCAUGCGCAGUGCGGGUCAUCGGAAUUAUUAAUAAGAGGUUCAUAAUUUUAUAAACAAACCGCGUGACGGCGUGGUUACUACCUACCUGUGUCGUGUCAGUUGCUAAUCGGGAUCGCACGAGUACUGGUUCGGGACCUGAGCGGUCUUCGCACCUAAACAUCGAGACUCAUUUGGAUUUUUAAAUCAAGGAUAACGUUCACCUGUGGGACUUUGGAGUUUUACCUGCGCGCGCACGGCACUUCUUUAUAAAGGUUGGCGCAGCUAUGAUGUCCUGUCCCUUGCCACUGCCGCUGUUGCCGGCACUGCAUCCACAACCUGCGUUGGCAUCAGACUUCCCUAUUCACAUUGGAAUAAAGGACCAGUUUUUAUCCUGAACUGCGUGCGAAGACAUAGACUUUAGAACAUAGUGUUUAACUCUAAGUGCCUAUACAUUUGCUGUAAAACGGAUUGCCUUCUACAUUGGCGACGUUGGUGAUUCGUGAAAUGGUCAAGGUGAGUGAAACUUCACUACUAGAGUGCGGCAGCGGGCGCUUCCCAGCGUCCGAAACGAGAGGCUCCGACGAGCUUCUUUCGCAGAGUGGCGUAACCGUCAUGGCGCCCGCCGCUCCGCACCACGCAGAUAACAACAAUCAAGACUCCGCAGCGAAAAAGGUGAAACUGGAACAGAAUGUGGGCAAGCCGUCCCGUGUCAUCCACAUACGGAACAUACCCAACGAAACCACAGAGGCGGAGAUUAUACAGCUGGGCUUGCCAUUCGGAAGGGUCACCAACGUACUCGUGCUCAAAGGGAAAAAUCAGGCGUUCCUCGAAAUGGCGGAGGAGAUAUCGGCAGUGGCGAUGGUGGCGUAUUUCGGCGGCUGCGUGGCGCAGUUGCGCGGGCGCGCCGUCUACGUGCAGUUCUCCAACCAUAAGGAGCUCAAAACAGACCAGACACACAGUAAUGCUUUUUUGUCUUGCCAUCAGUCCGCGUCGGCGCAGGCGGCGCUCCAAGCCGCACAAGUCAUCUCCAACAGCGCGGGCGCAGCGCUCGUAGCCGGCACCGGGGCCGCAUUACAGCCUGCCAAUGGAGGCACAGAAAUACAGGGUGGACCUAACACGGUGCUGCGUGUGAUCAUAGAACACAUGUUGUACCCGAUAGUGCUGGAUGUGCUCUACUCCAUCUUCCAGAGAUACGGCAAGGUGCUCAAGAUCGUCACAUUCACUAAAAACAAUUCAUUCCAAGCCCUCAUCCAGUACCCAGACACUGUAUCAGCACAGACGGCGAAAACGGCUUUAGACGGGCAGAACAUCUACAACGGUUGCUGCACGCUCCGCAUCGACUAUUCGAAGAUGACGUGCCUGAACGUGAAGUAUAACAACGACAAGUCCCGGGACUACACCAACCCCACGCUGCCGUCUGGCGACGGCGACGCGCACCAACUGUUGACCAGUGGUGGAGUUCUGGCACCUCCCUUCCUUGGGCUGGGCUCAGGCCUGGCCUCGCCCUACGGCGUCGGCGUCGGCGGGGUAGGCCUGCCAGCCUUCGGAGCCCUCACCCUGACUCCAGCCUCCCCCGCCCUGCGCGCCCUCGCCGCACCCCCGCUGCCGCUAGCCACAGUACUCCUCGUCUCCAAUCUCAACGAGGAGAUGGUCACGCCUGACGCUCUCUUUACCCUUUUCGGCGUGUACGGUGACGUGCAGCGGGUGAAGAUCCUCUACAACAAAAAGGAUUCAGCCCUCAUUCAGAUGGCGGAACCACACCAAGCCCAUCUAGCCAUGACCCACAUGGACAAGCUGCGAGUGUUCGGCAAGGCGAUGCGCGUGAUGCUCAGCAAACACCAAACAGUACAGCUGCCGAAGGAAGGCCAGCCCGACGCUGGACUCACCAGAGACUACUCCCAGAGCCCGCUGCAUAGAUUCAAGAAGCCUGGGAGCAAGAAUUACCAGAACAUUUACCCGCCGAGCGCCACUCUACAUCUGUCUAACAUUCCAGCCACCGUGUCUGAGGAUGAUAUAAAAGAAGCUUUUACAAAGAGGGGCUUUACUAUCAAGGCGUUCAAAUUCUUCCCGAAGGACCGCAAAAUGGCGCUGGUGCAGCUGCCGAGCAUCGACGACGCGGUGGCGGCUCUCAUCAAGAUGCACAACUACCAGUUGUCCGAGUCCAACCACCUAAGGGUGUCUUUCUCCAAGUCGAGUAUCUAAGCGGGCGACCAAGCGAGUCUUCAGAAUAUCACACAUUCGGCAGUCGCGUCGCGGACUUCUAGCUGUGCCCAAGAGCCUCUGCCACGACCAUCCAACUCGAUACUGCACACGAGUUAAUUUAUUAUUUUUAAUAAUCAAACUCGGCAAAGACUCGCCCGCACACAGCCAGCGCGAAACCGCGACUGCCGCAAACAUACCUCUCACACAAAUCGAGAAUUUCACUCGACUGAAAAUUAAAAUAUAAUCUGUAUUACGCUUACUCGGAUCAGUCUAGAGAUUAAGUGCUACUCUAUUUUCUUAAUAAAUACGUACGUUUUACUGUUACUGUACAUCUUAUAUCUAAGAACUCGGGGGUUAAAAAGACCACAUCGAAGCCGUUCAUCUAAAAAAUCAAAAUAUUGCAAUUUGACAUUUGCACAUAUAUAAAAGUAAGUCCGCAAUGUAAACAAAUGUCAAAAAGCAAUUAUGCUUUUUAGGUGAAUUACUUUGAUGUGGCCUUCUUAACCCCCCUUGUCAUCAUCACUUUCAAUGGCAGCUAAAUGCUUUAUAUCUUACUUAUUUCAAAACCUUGACCACUUCCCUAACGAAACAGAGAGGAUAACUAAUUUGUGUGAUAUUCAUUCCAAGUUUUAAAUAAAUCAUAUAAUUUUAUUUUUAUAAAUGAAUUGUAAUAAUUUCCAGUGAUUUUAAAUAUUGAUUUCAUGUUAUGUAAUCAAAAUAUCAGAACGUAUAUAUUCUGCAAUUAGAUUGCGCUAGAUUUAUUUUCCUUUGGCAAUUAUUUAUGCAUACAAGAGCAAUGUAAAACAUUGCUUCCAGUUUGAUGGUUGUUACGUGGCAGGCUAUAUUUAAUCCCACAUUUGAAUUUAGAAAACGCAUUGUUAAGGAGAAUUUCUUUGUCACAUAUAAUUUGCAGUUAUUACUAUAAUAUUAUAUUUUAUAAAUAUAUUUUAUGCUCUAUUUUAAUAUGCACAAUUUACUAUUAUUGCAUUUCUUUAUAAGUAAAUAUAGUUUUUGUACGCAUACACAUUUUUCCUUACUUUACGAUUACCUACUGGAAUGUUAUGUUAAGAAAUGUGUAUGUGUGUGCAAUAUUAGUUAUAAAGAUUAUUUUAAUAAUAUAUUUUAGAUAUAACUGUGUUCGUGUCGGCACAGGCCGGCGGUAUAACAGUCUUUACGAUGCUUCCAUACUUGUUUCGUUGAUUAGGAAAAUGUUCAGUUUUUCUUCUUGUUCAGAUCAUAGUUCUUCUCAAUUAGUUAGUGUAAUCACAACUCUACGCUAAGCAUCUAGUUGAUAUUUAUCACUAUUAAACGUUAUGUUCAGUGACAUAAAGUGACAUGAUGCAUUUAUUUCGAUGUUAAUUUAUAUUAAUGGUAGCUACAACAUACAAUAAAUGCUCGUGCAUUAGUUUCACUAAGCAGUUAAUUUUAGGUAAUUAUUUAUUUGCCUCUGGUCGGAGAGCACUGCAUCGCGCGGUGUGGCCAAUAUUAUGAUAACGUAUUUUUUAGAAUAAUUUUCAAUAUAUUACUAGGAUAUUGGCACACUGGUGCCGAUGGACGGCGUGGGCUAUAAAGUAUUAGCGAGAUCUGAUUUGCACUAUGACAUAUAUAAUU